AGAAUUAGUGAGUCGACACUGAGCCGCUCUGUUGUCCGUCAGAGGGAGUCUGUUUGGACCGGAACCCUCGCAUUCGUCUCGUGUCGCGAACUGCACGAGUUUCUCUUCAUUCGUUCUCCUCCUUCAAACACUGAGUUGAUGCUCGAGUUGUGCGCGGCGCGCGCCGGACUCUCUGGAUUAUUUUCUAGACCGCGAACAAACAUUAGCACAGAUACACACAUCUGAGAUCCUCGCGCGACAAAGACACAAUGUUGUGGAAAUUAGCAGAUAACGUGAAGUAUGAAGAUGACUGCGAGCAGGAAAGACAUGAUGUCAGCAGCAAUGGAAACUCCCGUUUACCUCACAUUCCCGCGGUGAGCCAGCACCUCUACAGCCCGCCACCGUCCCUCUCACACACCGCCAGCUCGGACUUCCAGCCGCCGUACUUCCCUCCCCCUUACCAACCUCUGCCGUACACCCAACCUAACGACCCGUACUCUCACCUGGGCGAUCCGUUUCAUAUCAACUCAAUACACCAGUCUGCAGCAUCUAAUCAGCAACAGUCAUGGCCUGGACGGCAAGGUCAAGAGGCCAUUGGGUCCCACAACCGCAGUGGACUCGGCAGUCCCCUUCUGGGCCUCGAAGGGGGCUCGUCCGGGAUGCGGCGAGAUGGUUUUAGGAGACCGGAGCUUCUGCCUCCACACAUGCAUGGAAUUGAUUCCAUAGGUGAUAACAUGGGUUUGCACGAUAUGGGCCAUGGAUUGGAUGAUGUACAGCAUGAAGGUGAUCACAGUAUUGUAAUUCCUGAUCACACAGUCAUCAAAAAAGGUCCAGGUCCGGUGUCCCUGCCGAAGGGAAGUCCGUUUGGGAUUUCCUUUCAGAAAGAGCAGCUGCUGGGAAUGGUGUCAAAUCCCACUGAGGUCUUCUGUUCGGUCCCUGGUCGACUCUCUCUUCUCAGCUCCACUUCGAAGUACAAAGUAACUGUGGCAGAAGUUCAGAGGCGCUUGUCUCCGCCGGAGUGUCUAAACGCAUCCCUGCUUGGAGGAGUAUUACGCAGGGCAAAGUCAAAGAACGGCGGCCGAUCCUUGAGGGAAAAACUGGAUAAAAUUGGGCUGAACUUGCCGGCGGGUCGCAGAAAGGCCGCUAACGUCACCUUACUAACUGCUCUGGUGGAAGGUGAGGCCGUACACCUGGCAAGAGAUUUUGGGUACGUCUGUGAGACAGAGUUUCCUGCUAAGGCCAUCGCGGAGUACCUUGGCCGACCGCACGUGGAACGCAAUGAGAUCAACUCUCGCAAAACCAUGCUUUUGGCAGCCAAGCACAUCUGUAAGGAGUUCACCGACUUGCUGACUCAGGACCGAUCUCCUUUGGGAAAUUCUAGGCCGGCUCCCAUUCUGGAGCCAGGGAUUCAAAGCUGCCUGACUCACUUCAGCCUCAUCACCCACGGCUUUGGCUCUCCGGCCAUCUGUGCGGCCAUGACCUCACUGCAAAACUACCUCAACGAGGCGCUCAAGCAGGUGGACAAAAUGUAUGUGAGUUCGACUGGAGACUCCUCGCAGGCUUCUUCCGACAGCACCAACAAAGUAGACAAGAUGGACAAACACAGAAAGUGAGGCUGAGGUCAAACUCGAUUGGACCAUUUUGAAUGCAAUAACCGUUUUUGUAGUGGAAUUACCUUUUUACCAGAUCUGACUCUUCAUCGUUGUUGUAGUUGUUGAUUCUGUUUCCGUUCUGCUUUGUUUUCCCACAACGAGAUUAAGCUUAAACUCGAAGCCCUCUUGGUUCACGUCUUGGUCUUCCAGCACUUUCUCCUCCACAAAGACACAAACACAUUUCAAUGCUUAGCCUUAGUCGAGACUGUUCUUUAUUGGGUGAACCCUGCGGGGCUGCGACGAGUCAGACAGUGUACAGGAAGUUGUCUUUCAGAGGGGAACUGCAAAGAGGAAGUUGUUGAGUUUCCCAGAGACACCAUUUCAAGAGUUGUUGUGGAUUUUCUUUUGCAACCAAUCUGGGAGGAGGAAGUUUGGUUUCUCCCUGUCCUCCUCCUUGGUGCUGACCUCCUAAUGGAUUGCCAAUGAUGUGAUUAUGUUUGAGACCUGUUCCACACUUGACUUGAUUGGGCACAGUGUUAUUGUUCUUCUUAUUGUGGGAGUGUUAUUGGCACGAAUGACAAGUUUUGUGUGCUUGGAAACACAUGAUUACUAAACAAACCUUUAUCCACUGAUCAGUGGAUUUUACUAUACAAGAAAUGCUUGUAUGUAUUUGGCGUAAAUCUCCAUUAAAACGACCUCUGAUUAAGUUAACAAGAUCAAAUCAAACAUCAAAUAUCGGUUGGGUGUGUGUGUGCAUGUUCACUUUCGUAUGAGCGUACAACCUUAUUGUUCUCCUUUUUGAUGCUUUUACGCCAGUCUAGAAGUUAAAUGUUCCAUUUGUCUUUCCCCAAAUGUAAAUAUUUUCUAAUUUAUGUUGUAAUUUAACGGGAUUUGUAAAUAUUGGUAAAAUUAUGGUGUUUGGUUCCACUUUUUAAAAACAAUCUGUUAAGCUUUUAUAAAGGGUGUUUGUUUGUGUUUUUUAUCAUGUAGUGGUUAGGCUAUGGGAUCGAUAUACUUUAUAGAAUUGUGUAAUAUUGGUUUAAAGCUGUAGGAAUAAAAACUCAACUCUUGAUUUACAUCGA